AAGCGGCAGAUCCAAAUACCAAUCACGCUUACGGCUUACCUGAUCCACGCGUUAUCUUCUUUCUUCAGCUUUCGCUUGGGUUCUGGUUCUGAAGUGAACCAAACGACGGAAGAAAUGGCUGUGAACGAGUCGUCGUCGUCUGCAGAAACCUCAAAUUUCGUGCCGAGCUGCACAUUGCUACUCUCUUCGCCAAAAUUCAUGCCGUUUAUGAGAACGUCGGACAAAAAGCCCAAUUUUGUUGCACCGAAUAUCGUCGUUAUCGGUGAACUUGUUCACAGCUCAGUUGUAUCUGCCGCUGAAAAGUGCUUCAGAUUGCUUCAAUCUUUCGCUUCUCAAAACCCGCUUCUCAAGAAAGUUCUCUCCUUGCCUAAUGAGUUUCACAGUUUCUACAACCAGAUUCGUUGCAGGAACUACAGGAAUGUUAAGUCUUUUUACAAUCACAAUUUCGCCGCAGUUCUACCUGGGGAUUCAAUGGCAGGAAUUGUAGUUGCCAAUGGAAUCCUGAAUUUCCUCAACCUUUACAACACACUGUUGAUUGUCAGGCUUGUUUUGACCUGGUUUCCCAAUUCUCCAUCCGCCAUUGUUAGCCCCCUCAGCACAAUAUGUGAUCCAUACUUGAACAUAUUCCGGGGACUAAUUCCACCACUUGGGGGGACUCUGGAUCUCUCCCCCAUACUUGCGUUCCUGGUUCUAAAUGUAUUUACUAGCACUGCUUCUGCACUUCCUGCUGAACUUCCGGUCACCGAAGCAAAUCAAGAAAACCAUGAAUCUUCUACAGGCUUUUCCCAUCUCACUACUACGCAAAAGAAAUGGAUGAGGAGGCUCCAAGGAAACAGAACAAAGAGCUCCAGUGGCGACUGUUAGUUCAUUCUCUGUUUCCAUUUGAGUUCAACAACCUCAGUUCUGUACCAGUUUUAUGCUUGUCCCUAUAAUAUCAAUUACCAGUCAAUUGUUUUGGCAUCUCUUAUGUGGUACUGGUAGAGUUGAUACAUAUAAAUGACUGUUCUAUUCAUGUGCUGCAUGGGAUUGAAAAUUCAUUUGUUGUCUUUUUCUCUCA